AUGUCUUGUGCUUGCAUCAAACCUCAUCCAUGCCGCAGUCAGAUCUCUGCUGCGUCAAAGCACCACACCUCCCACCCAAGAAAGUUAAGGACCGUCAUUAUUUGGAAGAACUAUCUCAUUCCUACCGGUGUGGCUAUGAUUGGGAACCAUUGGUCGUGUGCAGUGUGCACAGCCUUGAUCUCCGGUUUUUCACUUAUGGUUUUGGCCGUUGUAUGUCCUGGUCAACAUAUCAUGAAUUGGUCUGUCUUCAUCAACAUGGCUCUUAUUCUGUGGGCUUCCUGCCUUUUGGAGAAUCCUGCAUUGAAGAUCAACACACUUGCAUUCUCGGACAUCACGAACAUACGUGCUGCUCUGUUUGAGUUUUACGAAGAGGAUUGA